AUGUAUGCAUGGAGUGGGCGAACUUUAGCACGCAGGCUGCAGUACUUUGACAUAAAGUUCACGGAUUAUGAAGUGGAUAUUGAAGAUGUGAAAGAAGCUGUGAGACGCGAAAUGGAUGGUCCGGGACAGCUGCUUGGCUAUCGUUCCAUGCAACAAAAGGUACGCGAGAUUCACGGGCUAAAUGUGCCCCGUGAUGUUGUUUACGCAGUCAUGAAAGAAGUUUCCCCGGAAGGACUUCAAGCUAGAGGAGGUGUGGGAAAAGCAAAGCGACACCAGAGAACCAAUACUUAUGUUACUGGUGUAAGUAGGCUUCUAUCCAUUUUUUACUUGAAAUGACAUCGCGUUGAAAUUGCUAUUAGGAUUUGUUAUAACACUACUUUCUUUAUUUUCUGGAUUCGAAAAGGGAGCAGACUGCACUAUAUCUUUAGAUGGCCAUGACAAGCUUUGCGGAUACCAGAAGGUGAUGUUCCCUUUGUGUAUCUACGGUGCACAAGACACGUACAGUGCCAGGAUAAAUUUCUUGCGAAUUUGGACUUCAAACAACAACCCUAAAAUCAUAGGAAAAUUCUACUUGGAUUAUCUUUAUGAACGCCGAGGUAAGAUGUUUGUUGCUCAACAACUUCCAUUGGUAAAAUAAAUGUUUUUGUUUUUAUAUAAGAUAUAUAUGUUUGUUUUUGACAGGUGAUUGCUUCGAGAGUGCUCCCAGUGACCCCUCUCCCCUUGUAUAAUUUUAUCGCGUCAGCGGUCGUAACCAUUUUAAAAAAUUGAUGAUUAUUUACUGUCCUCCUGGCACAGUCGUUCUUUUUCAGUUUACUAAUGGUUAUGACCGUUGACAUGAUAAAAUUAUACUAGGGCAGGAGGGACUUGAAAUAACCCAAACCCAGUAUUCACAGUUGAUUUGUAGAUAUCAUGACCCAAAAAUACAAAGGAAAUAAAGUUACGGUAUGCUGACAUCUUUUACAUCCAUUUUAAUUUAAAUUUAGUUUUUAUGUUUUGAUUUCCAGAGUAUUGCCAUUAACAAUCAGGAUAGACAGAGGUUCAGAAACUGGGAUUAUGGCAACAAUGCACACUUUUCUCCGAGCGCAAUAUGAUGAUUUAGACGAUCCUGUUCAUAGUGUACUCUAUGGCCCUUCGACACAAAAUAAAAUAGAGCGUUGGUGGCGUGAGCUGCUGGAUAGAAUGGAGAGGUUUUUUAAAACAUCACAUUCGCAAUUUGUUCCAAAAUGCGACUUACAGGCAUCU